AUGCCGGGCCGUUUGAUCCCCAACUUUGUGAGGGGCUCGAGCUCCCAGCAUUCCUCUAUCGGAUCUACUCCCAUUCAUUCCAACACCUCCUCGACCACAUCAGUCAAUGAGAUUCACCACGCUCAACCCCACCAUCACCACCAUGGACACGGUUUCUUCAAAUCCGUCCCAGGAACCCCGGAUCGUGCCCGCUCACCGGAGCGCCGCCUGUCUUUCUCAAUGGACCAAUUGAUUCACCCACACCGGGAUGGCAACAAAGAGAAGCGCCGCAGCCUCGGACGCGCUGGCCGCUCCAAGGAGCGUCUCAACAAGGACGAAUUGGCACCCCCAGCCGCGAAGUUGGAGGUUCUGGUUGAAUCACCACCAUUGGUCUGCUAUGGUACACCUGCUACCUCGACUGGCGCUUUGUUCUCUGGCCGUCUCCGCGUGGGAAUCAGCGAACACGCCAAAGAGGUGAUUCUGACUAAAUUCGAUGCUAAGCUCGUUUGCAAGAACACCACCAAGAAGCCCGUUUCCAAUCACUGCGCGAAGUGUGCUACCCAAACUGAGGAGUUAACCAACUGGAACUUCCUCACCGAAAAACAUACCCUCAAGACUGGCACCCACGACUUCCCCUUCAGUUACCUGCUCCCUGGAGACAAGCCUGCAUCCUGCAACGGUUCUCUGGGCCAGAUUGAAUAUUUCCUCGAAGCAAACGCUACAAGUAUUACUAACGAGGAGUACCACAUCAAACUACCUCUCAAUGUCCGCCGUGCCUUGAUCCCUGGAAACGACAAGUCCUCCAUUCGUAUCUUCCCUCCCACCAACCUCACCGGCCGCAUCGUGCUCCCCUCGGUUGUUCACCCUAUCGGCCAAUUCCCUGUCGAAAUGACCUUGAGCGGCGUAGUAGACAAGGGCGAGGAGACCCAAACCCGCUGGCGCCUACGCAAGAUGAUGUGGCGUAUCGAAGAGCACCAGAAGAUCGUCUCCCCCGCCUGCACCAAGCACGCACACAAAGUCGGCGGAGAAAGCAAGGGUGUUCUACACCAGGAAACUCGCAUAAUCGGCCAUAACGAGGAGAAGAACGGCUGGAAAACAGACUUCGACACCGCUGGCGGUGAAAUUGGUAUGCAAUUCGAGGCCAGCAUCAACCCCACCACCAACCCCGUUUGCGACAUGGAAGCACCCGGCGGUUUGGAGGUGAAGCACAACCUUGUCAUCGAGCUCAUUGUUGCUGAGGAGUUCUGCCCCAACCGCAACACCCGCCUGAUCACACCUACCGGCGCAGCCCGUGUGCUUCGCAUGCAGUUCAACUUGAACGUCACCGAGCGCAGUGGACUCGGUAUCAGCUGGGACGAGGAGAUGCCUCCAACAUACGAGGAUGUCCCCGCCAGCCCACCGGGAUACUUCAAGCUCGACACCCAGAGCCAGAGCCAAAUGGAAGACUACUUUGGCUCCCCACUCCCACUCCCCCACUACGAUGAGCUGGAGCGAAUGGAUUCUCUGCGUCUGGAUAGUGACUCAACACACUCAUCCAACCAGUCCACGCGCGGCCGUGUACGUUUCACAACCGACGAUCUGAUUACCGAUCAUUCGCCCGCACCAUCUACACCAGCCUCUGGCGCUCCUUCUAGAGCCCCGUCAGUUGAUUCUUCGCGCCAAUAG